AUAUAUAUUUCCCAAUCUAUCAAUGCAACUAUGCUAUGUCGCCCAAUUGGAAAACCAACUUAAAAGAUUUGUAAGUGUACAUCUCUUUAGUUCUUUGAAGGAUCACAUGUAGAGAGAAUGAAAAAUAGCAGUGUUGUUGCCAACCUCAUCAUGCCAAGCAAUUCAAUCACUAUCAUUCUUUUGCUUCUCAGCAUCUUUCUGUUUCCUUCCAUCUCUGCUCUGAACCAAGAGGGUAUCUCCCUCCUUUCAUGGCUUUCAACCUUCAAUUCUUCUUCCUCUGCCGCCUUCUUCUCUUCAUGGACUCCUGCUGAUCAGGAUCCAUGCAAAUGGGAUUAUAUCAGAUGUUCCAGUAACGGGUUUGUUUCCAAAAUCAGAAUCAUCUCGAUCCAUAUUCCUACUAGCUUCCCAAUCCAGCUCCUCUCCUUCAACUAUCUCACCACUCUUGUACUCUCAAAUGGGAACCUCACUGGAGAAAUCCCACGCUCGAUUGGAAACUUGUCUUCGCUUAUCACCCUUAAUCUCAGCUUCAAUGCUCUAACAGGAGAUAUUCCACAAGAGAUAGGAAAGUUAUCCAACCUGCAGUUGUUAUCACUCAAUUCAAAUUCAUUGCAUGGUGCAAUUCCCAUAGAAAUUGGAAACUGUUCAAAGCUUCAACAGCUUGAAGUGUAUGACAACCAUCUAUCCGGAAAGGUUCCUGCAGAAAUAGGCCAGUUGUUAGCUCUGGAAGUUUUUCGUGCAGGCGGGAAUCCUGGAAUUCAUGGAGAAAUUCCAAUGCAAAUAUCAAAGUGCAAGAGUCUAACUAUUCUUGGCCUUGCAGCUACCGGAAUCACAGGGAAGAUUCCAAGCAGUGUUGGAGAACUAAAAAAUCUUCAAACUCUUUCGGUCUAUACUGCAAACCUCACAGGUGACAUCCCUCCGGAAAUUGGUAAUUGUUCAGCCUUACGAAAUUUGUUUCUGUAUGACAACCAGCUUUCUGGUCAAAUUCCUGGUGAGCUUGGUCUGUUGAAAAGGCUUAAAAGAGUUCUGCUAUGGAAGAACAAUCUAAGUGGAAGCAUUCCGAGCGCACUAGGGAACUGUUUGGAUUUGAUAGUUAUCGAUUUCUCAAUUAAUCAUCUGAGUGGUGAAAUUCCUCUCUCUUUUGCAAAUUUAGUGGCACUGGAGGAGUUUCUGCUGUCUGAGAAUCAGAUAUCAGGCAACAUACCACCUUUAUUCGGAAACUUGUCAAACUUAAAGCAACUUGAAUUGGACAACAACAGAUUUGCAGGCGUGAUUCCACCUGUCAUUGGGCAGCUAAAAGAACUUACUCUGUUCUAUGCCUGGAAUAAUCAGCUCCAUGGAAGCAUACCAAAUGAGCUGGCCAAUUGUGAGAAACUUCAAGCGCUGGAUCUUUCACACAAUCUCCUCACUGGGUCAGUUCCAAGUUCUCUCUUUGACCUCAAGAACUUAACUCAAUUGUUGCUGAUAUCAAAUCAAUUUUUAGGAGAAGUUCCAAGGAAUAUCGGUAGCUGCACCGGCUUGGUCCGCUUAAGGCUGGGAUCAAACAACUUCACAGGCCAAAUUCCAUCAGAACUUCGACUCCUGCAUAGAUUGAGCUUCCUUGAAUUGUCAGAAAAUCAAUUUACUGGGGAAAUUCCUCCUGAUAUCGGAAACUGCACUCAGUUAGAAAUGGUUGACUUGCAUGGAAAUCAGCUGCAAGGCAUGAUUCCUUCGUCUUUGCAAUUCCUUACUGGUCUUAAUGUUUUAGACCUUUCCAUGAACCAGAUAGAAGGCACGAUUCCUGAAGAGUUGGGCAAGCUAACAUCCCUAAACAAACUGGUCAUCAAUGGAAAUCGCAUCACAGGUUCCAUUCCUAAAUCAUUGGGCCUAUGCAAGGAUUUGCAGUUGUUAGAUAUGAGCAGCAACAAUAUCACUGGCACCAUCCCAGAUGAGAUCGGACACUUGCAAGAGCUAGAUAUUCUCUUGAAUCUGAGUUGGAAUUCUCUGAGAGGCCCCAUUCCAGAAAGCUUCUCAAAUCUCUCAAAACUCGCCAAUAUGGACCUCUCCCAUAAUUUUUUGACAGGAAGCCUCAGAGUACUGGGUAGUCUUGACAACCUCGUGUCCCUAAAUGUCUCACACAAUGACUUCUCAGGUCCACUUCCCAAUACUAAUUUCUUCAAAGACAUUCCACCAACUGCGUUUGCUGGUAACCCGAAGCUGUGUAUCAACAGAAAUCAGUGCCACUUGAAUGACAACCUGCACGACAAGAAAUCAAUCAGAUAUCUACUUGUUUGCGCUCUUCUUAGCGUGACUGCAACCAUCAUGGUUAUGCUUGCUGGAAUAUUUUUAUUUGUCAGAAUUUGUGGAAUCACAUUUGGGAUGCACAGUGAACAAGAAAAUGAUCUGGUGUGGGCUUUCACCCCAUUUCAAAAGCUUAAUUUUUCUGUUAAUGAUAUUGUGACUGGGCUAUCAGAAUCAAACGUUGUGGGAAAGGGUUGCUCGGGAAUGGUUUAUCGUGUGGAGACUCCAACGAAGCAGGUCAUUGCAGUGAAGAAGUUAUGGCCGGUAAAUAAUGGCGAGCUCCCAGAGAGGGACUUGUUUACGACAGAAGUUCAUACUCUUGGAUCAAUUAGGCAUAAAAACAUAGUGAGGCUUCUGGGGUGUUGUAACAAUGGAAAAACCAGACUUCUUUUGUUCGAUUACAUCGCGAAUGGGAGUUUGGCCAGCUUGCUACACGAGAAGAGGCUGUUCUUGGAUUGGGAUGCAAGGUACAAGAUUGUACUGGGAGCAGCUCAGGGUUUAGCUUAUCUCCAUCACGAUUGUAUACCUCAAAUAGUUCAUCGAGAUAUCAAGGCUAACAACAUCUUGGUUGGACCACAGUAUGAAUCUUUUAUAGCAGAUUUUGGCAUUGCAAAGCUUUUGAAUUCUCCAGAAUGCUGCAAAGCCUCCAACACAGUUGCAGGUUCUUAUGGCUACAUUGCUCCAGAAUAUGGAUACAGUUUGAGGAUCACAGAGAAGAGCGAUGUGUAUAGCUAUGGAGUGGUCCUCCUGGAGGUCCUGACCGGGAAGGAACCAAUGGAUAACAAGAUCCCGGAAGGUGCCCAUAUUGUCACUUGGGUGAAUACGGAACUUAGAGUAAGGAAAAGAGAUUUCACAUCAGUUCUAGACCAGCAGCUAAUUUUGCUAUCAGGGACACAAACCCAAGAGAUGCUUCAAGUGCUUGGGGUGGCUCUUCUCUGUGUGAAUCCUUGCCCGGAGGAAAGGCCAACUAUGAAAGAUGUAACGGCAAUGCUCAAGGAGAUUCGACAUGAGAACGAGGAUUGUGAAAAACCAGAUUUUCUUGGCAAAGGAGUUGCUACAAACCGAAACGCUACAGUUCACAGUUCUAGUUUCUCCAGGUCAUCUGAACCUCUAAUUGGAUCACCUUCUUGUUCUCCAUAAACUCCUGAAGUUAUCGCUCCUGUUCAUUGAUUUGAGUUUAACUUCUUGUUCAGAUUUUUUUUUUUUUUUAAGUACAAUUUGUAUAGUUAAUGUUUUGUAGUAGCAAUAAGACGUGUUUAUGGUGUUUCACCGACUCAGGUGCACACAGUAGAAGUAAAAGUAAAAUCUCCCGAGCUAGUAGUUCAGUACAA